AUGACUGAAAAAAAGAUACCUUUAACAAUAACAUCAAGUUAUGCAAGACACUGGGGAGAGUGGGAAGGUGUACGAGAACUUGUUCAAAAUUGGCAUGAUGGUGUUCACUCAACUUUAGCGAGUCUUGAAAGCAUUCCCAUUGGUAAAAAUAUUGUACAAUUUAAAGGACAUGUGUCUGGCUACUCAGCAGAAUUUGAUGCAUUCAUUGAAGAUGAAAAGAAAGGGAACCAAAUUCUCUUAGGAAACUUGAAUUAUGAUGGACUCACAUCAAAAUUAAAAUUAACAAAUUAUAAGACUUGUCUACAAAAGAAGAUUUUGUUACUGGGAUAUAGUGCUAAAGCAGAAAAGAAGGAAAUAAUUGGUCAAUUUGGAGAAGGGUUGAAAAUAGGAACUUUAGCUCUGGUUAGAAAAGGAUACAUGGUUACCAUGGAAACUGCCAGAGAUCAAUGGAGUUUUAGAUUAUUAGAAAAUGAAGAAUUCGGUGAAAAAGUUUUGACUGUAAUUAUUUCAGAAAGAGAUGUAGAUGUGGAAAAUGAUGACAUAGAAAAACUUCAACAAAUAGAGGAUGAAAUAACAACUGCAGUAGUAAGUGGUCUUGAUAGUGAGCUUUGGAAGAAGUUUUUGCCAAGAUUUUUAUUUCUAAAACCACCAACAGAUGUUGUGAAAACAGAUCUUGGUAGAUUAUUAUUAGAUGAAAAUCUAUCUGGACAACUAUAUAAUAAAGGUAUCUGGGUAUCUGAUUUAUCACAUGAAAGUUUGGCAGCUGGAGUAGACUUUACCAAUUUACAAAUUGAUCGUGAUAGAAAUGCUGUUCCUAAACCCAGUGAAAUUGAUCAUCAGGUAAGCUGUAUGUGGAUUAAAGCCAUUCAAAAAGAUUCUAGACUUAUACCACGAUAUUUUCAUUUAUUACAAGAUGAUAAAUAUCGUGAUGUAAGACAUGCUGAAGAUUAUAGUGAUAAAGAUACUGCUAUGUUAUUAGCUAACCAUUUUCUCAAAAACUUUGGUGAGUCAGCUACCCCUGUGUUAAAUAAUACUGAAGCAGAAACCAUCAGAGCUGCUGUUAAUGACCUGCAGAAGGAUGUAGUUUUAUGUAAUAAGACAAUGAUCAAUAUUCUGAUGAAAUCUGGGCUGUUUUCUGAACUGCUGGGAACUACACAUACUGAAGAAAAACAAAUCAUUCCUUUUACCUCUCUGGAUACCAAAACCAAAGAUGUUUUAAGAAAGGCUUUCAAGUUAAUCAGUAUAGCUGAUAAAUCUAUAACAUUACUGGAUGUUGAUGUUGUAGGAACUACUCAGGACAAGACCAGAUUAUGUUCAUAUCAAGAUGGCAGAGUCGAACUACCUUCAUGGUUUUUAGAUGAAUCACAAAUACAUGAUUAUAUUGAUUACUGUUCAUCUUCUGAUAGUCAUAAUUGUUUAUGUAGAGAGAUGGUGGUAUGUUAUGGUAUAUUAUCAGUAAUACCAUCAUAUCUUACAACACCACCUUCUAUCUUAUAUUUAAUUCUGUGUUUAUGUAGAGAGAUGGUGGUAUGUUAUGGUAUAUUAUUAAAUCAGGAAAAAGAAAUUAUAAAGAAUGAUAAUAUCGAAAGUUUUAUGACAAGAAGUGAUUUUAUAGAGAGAGAGGCCAGUUUAGUUCAAAGAAUAGAGGUUUUAGAGAAAGAAUUAAAAAAGGAACAAACAUCAACAAGUAAAAUGGUAUUAGAUAUGAAGAAUAGAUUAAAAAAGACAGAAAAUGAAUUAUUACAAAGGGAGAUAAGUCUAGUCAAUGAUGAAAUGAAGAUUAAAGAUGGAUAUGAGCAACAACUGAAGAAUAUUUCAAAACAAGCAGAGGAGAGUAUUAAACAGUUGCAAAGGAAUUUAAAGGCAAUAGAAGAUGAGAAAUUAGAUUUAGAAAGAAAACUCCAUCAUAAAACUUCUCAGAUACGCAGACUUCAGGAUGAGGCAAAUAAAUUUUAUGAAUUAAUAACCAAGAGUAUAUUAAGACUAAGUGAAGAAGGUAGAAGAACGGGUGAUGUUAUUAAUCAAGAGAAAUGGAAGGUUAUUGGAGAUUUAUGUGAUAUGUUAAUAGAAGAUUUACAGACAGAGAAGAUAUUGUGUUGUAUGUGUAAAAUAGAAAGAAAAACAUAUCUCUUACAACCUUGUGGGCAUUAUAACUACUGUAAAACAUGUGCAAUAACUCUGAUUGAAAAAAGAAACAAUUGUCCAGUCUGUAAUUCAAAUAUAGAAGAUAUAAAACAAGUAUUUGAAUAAAUUCUGUUCAGACUAGCACACAAAUAUUUUCGGGAACAGGGACUUUUCAAUGAAUUAUUAGAUGAGGGGGGCCCAGUAAGGGUCACAGGCAAUUCUUUCUUUCCUUACAUGAAUGAAAAAAAAUUUGUAAUUAGGUGACUAAAGUCAGUCUGCAGCAUUAAUCAAUGUCAUGUGGGUUCUGUGAACAUUCGAUGGAGUUGUGCUUCUAUGUAACUGUAAUAAAUAGUCAAUGACUUUUAAUGAAAUUUUUGUCUGUGUAUAUAUAUAUAUAUAUAUAUAUGUGUAUGUAAAUAUAAUAUAUAUAUUUUACACGAGAAUAAAAUCACUGGGAUCAGUUGGCCAAGGGGCAGUUGUUCAUAGGUCGAAAAAUCUGAGAGUUGACUCCAGGGCUGCACGGAGUUUUAAACUCCAGAGUCAACCCGGGUCAGUAAAUCCGUCAAUCCAAGUCCAACUCGUGUAAAAGGGCCUGUUGUUAAUCUUUUUUUCUAUUGAUGUAUUUUUUUAGCAAUAUAAAAUUGUUUUACAAAUUAACUCAUAUGGUAGAUUGUAUUUGAUCUUAAUUAUGAUGUAGGCUUACCGCUAGUUAAAAGAUAAAAUUUGCCAAAAAUUGCAUAAUGAAGAUCAAGGUCACACAUUUUUUUUCUUAGUAUCAAUUGAUACAAACUAGUGUAAAUAAUACAUCAUAAUUCCAGUUGAAAUUGAAUGUAGUUUACAAACUUGUUGAUAAAAAAGUAAUUAAUUUUAAGGACCAUUUUGUUUUAUAAAUGUGAUAUUAUUGAAAUAUUUUACAUUGAAAUAAAAUAACUAUUGUAUUGUU